UGCUGGUUGUCUCUGUCAACAACAUCGCCGCCCGACACUGACUUACACCAGAGACUGCAACCAACCCACAUCAGCUCUGUUAAUCUCGUUGGCGAGAUCGGCCAUACUACAUUCCCCCACCGCUCUCACUAAAAGAAAAUUCCGCCCGGCAUUUUCGGCAUAUCGCACGCCACAUUUCGGUGAGGAAACGCUGGGGGAAAACCGAUAUCCCGUACUGAGCUACCCGCCGCCCAACAGCAGCGCCCCGCCCAACACAGUCCACUACCCGAUGAUGUCUGAAAUGAGGGGGACGGAACCAUCAGAGUUUAGGUUCGAGUCUUCUACUGGGGAGCACCACAAAACCCCUUCUCCGAGCUCGUCUCAUGGUAAUGAAACUAGAAUGCACAUGGACUAUCCAGAACCUCCAAGUCCACGGGAUCCAAAGGGAAUCAACGAUCAUGUGAAGGUGACUUUUGAUGAGAUCAUAGCGGAGCCCGAGAGCGCCUACAGCUACGAUCAGGUGUGGGACGUGUCCAAGCGCACAUACAAGGGGACCAAGUCCUGGUGCUACCGUAUCCUGUCCUUCUGCUGUGCCGUACCCCUCGCUUUCUUCUGGGGCCUCUACUUCGGCUGUCUGGCCUGUGUCCAAAUAUGGUGCGUGGUGCCCUGCGUGAAGGGUUACGUCAUCAAUCUGCACUGCUACGGCAAGAUCUGGGCCCUGUUCCUGUCGACCUUCGUUGACCCCUGCUUCGAGUCGAUAGGGAGGAUGUUUAGCGGCAUCAAAUUCACUGCGAGGAAAGAGACCAUUGCAUAGAUUACCGUCCAAUGGGAAAACUGGUUUAAGUAAUUGUCAUACCAUACAGCGGGUAGUAUCUCACUGGGCUGAGGCACGCGCAUUGGCGGCGUCACUACGUCGUAAAUUGGACUUGAGUCACCCUUCUUGAACUAUUUUAACUGUAAUGUCCAACACUAACUUUGAAUUGGACUCACCCAAAUUUUCGACUGAACAGCACCAGUCUUUGUCAAGGAAUGAACAAUCUACUGCUGCCGUGACGUCACGUUAUGCAGAUAGAGCACGUGACUCAGUGAGCAGUGGAUCAUAGAUUGCAGGAAGAAUGACUUCUACCAACACAGAUGGACUUUAAAGUUGUGUCACCUUUGAUAUUAUAAUCGGAAUAUCAUGCAAACCGUACGUAGGUAUGAUUAAAAUGACAAUGAAACACGUAAAACGUAAAAGAAAUGAGUUAUUAUCGUUGAAUUCUUCAAAUCGCUCGGCCGCAACGAGUUCGCAAACGUGCCGCAGUCAGGUCGCAAACGUACCGCAGCCUCAGUGAGAUACGCGCUGUACGAUUCAUGUAAGGUAAAAUGCUCAUACACUUCUCCUGUACUGUCCCUGACUUGAUGAUGUAAGGGAACUUUGUAAAUAUUUGAAAUGUUCCUCAUACAGAUACACUUGUUAAAGUUUAUGUACUGUACUAAAUAUUGUACCAGACAACAGAUUCGAAGUUAGUGUACUAUUGAACUUUCGUCAAGUGACCUUAAAUAGAUACAUGAGACAUGGUAGGGAUCUCUGUGUAGAUAGUGGUGUAUUGUGUUACUUUUUAAAGGCUCACCAUGUAUUAUAAUGACAAGUACAAUCCUACCGUUUGACCAGCAUGUUGUUAUUUACAAACUGAAAGAUGUAGUUUGAAAUGGUGUUUCUCACUCAGCAAACCCUUCAGAUUGUUUUUACAGAGUUUGCAAACACCAGGGAUAGGAGUUUGUGAUGCAAAUAUGCUAAAAACGUUGUUGGUUGUAUAGGUCACUCUUAUGAAACUUUUGUUCUGGAGAAUAUUUUCAAUUGUGUGGCCCACAUCCUACAUUAUGUAUCUUUAAAAAAAUUGAAUGACAACUGAUUUUUUUUGCAUUGCUUGUCAUUCGUCUAGAAAAAUUAGAUAGAAGGGGUGACUACAACGACACAAGCCUGAUUGUAUUGUAUUGUAUAGAUUUUAGAUAACUUUAAUACGAUUAGGGUUGUUUUAAAUGUUGUGGCUGUAUUUAUGUUAUUCCACUAUUUGUAAAUCCAGCUGUGCCUGUAACAGACGCAGAGAUUAUUACUCAA